AUGGAAAAACUAUCUCAAAUGAAAAACAAGUUCUUGUUCAAGUUUUUGCCAAAACAACCCGUAGCUUCAGUGUCCUUUCAAAACCCAACUCUAAGUCCAAGUAGAAGUCUUACUACCCAAGGGUGUCGAUCACCUUGUAUGGUCUCAAUAAUUCCCAAAGAAGCUCGAAGAAAGCAGAGAGUUGCAAGCUUUAGUGCACGAGAGCCCACCUCGCCCAAAGUGUCUUGUAUGGGCCAAGUGAAGUGUAAGAAGAGGAGUAAGGCCUACAAAGAUAAAAGGGUUCAAACAAAAAGGAUUGAUUGCAUUCCAUGUCAUGGAAAGAAAGAGAAGAUUCUGCUUUGGAUGUUCAAGGGGCGUUGUGAUGACCCAAAACGUAGUAAGAAGGCUUUUGUCAUGGAAGAGAAGGCACCAACCACACAGAUAUCUCCAUCGUUAGGUGCAAUGAAGAAAUUUGCAAGUGGUAGAGGAUCACUGUCUUAUUUUGAUGCUACACUUACGGAAAGGUGA